AUGUCGUCCUCCACCACUUCUCGUGUCUCUGCUGCGAGCAACAAUACCUACAUCAUGUCUGGGUCGCCCAUCAAGAACGGCCGAAAACGCACAGGCGAACCAUACCUCCCGAAGAUCAUCACCACAGUGGGCCAGCGCCCAGCCUGCCUUGUGAAUGCCUCAGUCACGUACGUAGGCAACGACAUGAUAUACGCUUUUGGAGGGUUUGACCAAUACACGGACGAAGUCUACAAUCACGUGCUCAGACUCAAUCUUUCUGCGAGGCAAUGGAGUCUCGUGGAUAACUACGGCGACAUUCCUGGCGUGCGCAUGGGACACACCUCAUGUUUAUGGCAAGGCGACAAGUUACUGGUAUUCGGCGGCGAGAACGAGCAUAGAAUACAUCUGUCGGACGUGGUCAUAUUUGAUAUCAAGACUGCGCAUUGGACACAGCCAGACAUCAAUGGCCCUGUUCCUCGGGGCAGAGCGCGGCACUCGGCCGUGAUUCAUGAUGACAAGCUGUUCAUCUGCGGAGGCAUGAGUGGGAGCGACAAUGGUGUUCUGGACGAUAUCUGCUAUCUCGACCUGAAGACAUGGACUUGGAGUCGAACAUGGCGGUUUGUGCCGCGAUUCGACCACUCGAGCUGGGUAUGGGGAGGCAAGAUUUGGGUCAGCGGUGGUAUGGGCGAAGAGAUGGAGCGCACAAGCGAGAUCUGGUGGCUCGACUUUAGAGGAUCGCCGUCGUUUGAGGGAGGCCUCACAUACGGCAUUGUUGGUUCUGAAGACGCAAGACCGCUCAGUGAGCGUUAUGCCAGCUACUCCUUCUCCAGCGCAACCCCUGCGUUGAGCUCUUCGGGCUACAGUGCGAAUACGAGCAGCGUCCAAUCCAACUCCGCGACUCAGAUUCAGCGAUCAAAUCCGGUUGCGCCUGGCGCGAUCAGCAGCGUGAAGUUCAUCUCCUCGCCCAAUCUCCCUAUGCAGAAUGUUGGGACUCACUUCCAUGUCUUCAGCUCUGGUUGCAUGCUGGACUUCGUAACCCCAGCUACCAAUAUGCCGCUUGAGACUUCACUAUCAGCACUUGACCUGGAUUCUUUAAGAUGGCAAAAGCUAGCCGAUGGCAAAGACCUCUUCAGUCCGACUUAUAGGUGGCACUACUGCUGUUUGGAUGCGGAUGGAACACAUGCAUGGCUUCUUGGUUGCCCAAGAGAAGUGAGAAGCAACGGUAAUGGCGAGGCCGAGGAGUACCUUUCCGAUGUGCUACCAAUAGAUCUACGCAAGUUUGGCCUCCUGGGCAACAAAAUGAGCCAGGAAGCGCGUAACGAACAGAGGUUACCGGCGUCAGACACAAAUCCACAAUCACACCUGUCGGCAAUUGGCGCUGACCUAGCGCGAACAUUCAACCAGCCUCCUGAAACAGGUUCAGGGACUGACUUCACUAUCACAGCUUUAAAGGACGAUAUGUAUGACAUGGACGCCUUGUCUGAUGAUGAUCCAACUUCACCGGAUGCGAUGGGAGGCACGGCAGACCCCAGCAACACGUCUCCGCCACUGCAUGUGCACCGCCUCAUCCUCAGCGCCCGAUGGCCCCAUUUCGCUCGCCUCUACAACGCACAGAUGUCGGAAUUCCACACUCGGCGCAUGCAUAUACCCGAGCCGUACCCUGCCGUUAAGGCUUUCCUCUAUUACCUGUACACAGACUCCAUCUCCAGCCCACCGGCUGAGAGUAAUGCUCUCGCUGGACCCACGCUGGAGGAUGUUGCCAAUAUGCUGGUCAUGAGCAAUAUCUACGACAUGCCCCGUCUUCGUCACCUGUGUGUCAACAGACUGGUCCGAGAUCUGGAUGUGCAACACGCAGCCCUCAUAUUCGAUCGUGCAAACACGGCGCAAGAGGAUUGGCUCAAGCGCCGGGCUGCCAGCUUCUGCAUGACGCACUGGGGACGAAUUGUGCGAACAGAUGGUUUCAGACGCCUCAAACGGUCGGCCAUGCUCGAACUCUGCGAAGGUGUGGAUGCCGAGGGUCGCGUCGUUGGCGGAGACGAAUUGGAAGCUGUCGGUGGUCUCGGGGGAGCGCGUCUCGGAAGCGGUAUGGGCGUCCUUUGGGGCAAUGGCAGGAAGCGAAAUCGUCUGGGAAGUACUAGCGGUACUACUGUCGAUGAUGAGGCCGAUGAUGGCGAUGCGGAAGCAGACGGUGAUGACGAAGGCAUGGAGAUCUCCUAA